UCGCCAACCGGAAGUGGCCGGACUCUUGCCGGAGGGACCGAGCAGAGCGGAAGUCACUCCGUGAGGCAGUGGCGACAGCGGCGGCGAGAGGAUGAACAACAAGUUCGACGCCUUAAAAGAUGAUGACAGUGGAGACCACGAUCAGAAUGAAGAAAACAGCACACAGAAAGAUGGUGAGAAGGAAAAAACAGAACGAGACAAGAGCCAGAGCAGCAGCAAAAGGAAGGCUGUUGUCCCUGGACCAGCAGAACAUCCCCUGCAGUACAACUACACCUUUUGGUACUCUAGGAGAACCCCUGGCCGUCCUACCAGUUCACAGAGCUAUGAGCAGAACAUCAAGCAGAUUGGCACCUUUGCCUCUGUGGAGCAGUUCUGGAAGUUUUACAGCCACAUGGUCCGUCCUGGGGACCUGACAGGCCACAGUGAUUUCCAUCUCUUCAAAGAAGGGAUUAAACCUAUGUGGGAGGAUGAUGCAAAUAAAAAUGGUGGCAAGUGGAUCAUUCGACUCCGGAAGGGCUUAGCGUCCCGCUGUUGGGAGAAUCUCAUCCUGGCUAUGCUGGGGGAGCAGUUCAUGGUUGGGGAGGAGAUCUGUGGGGCUGUGGUCUCUGUCCGAUUUCAGGAGGACAUUAUUUCUAUAUGGAAUAAGACUGCCAGUGACCAAGCAACCACAGCCCGAAUCCGGGAUACUCUUCGGCGCGUGCUUAACCUACCUCCCAACACCAUUAUGGAAUACAAAACUCACACCGACAGCAUCAAGGCCUGGGAGGAGUUUCAUGGCCUGGUGAACAGCAGCGGCCGCUGAUCGGACGCUCCCCCUCUGUCUCUCACACUCAGGGGACAAUUCAAGCUUUCGAAAUACAAAAAUCACAUUGUGAAAGUGCACAAGCUGGCAAUAAUCCUUUUCUGUUUGUGUGUUUGUCUGACAUGGAUGCGAGGCUCAGGCAGUCCUUCUGUCUGCUCACUGAAGGGGUGUACCUGGGCCAUGCACUCCCCUUCUGCACUCGUCCCUGGAAGACGACUCUGCUAGACACCUUCCAGCACUGCUGACUUUAUAACGAAGACAAAUGGGGAUGUGACUUUGUAAUAGACAAACAAUUUUGAAUGGGGUUCUGUACAAGAGUACAGCUGUUUUCUUGCUGUGUGCUAUCCACAUGCCACUUGGCACCCUGCUGUGCAAAGGACUUGAUUACCGACCACAUGUAUGUGCCCUGUGCUGGGUCCGAGCUGAGCGUUAUCAGUAUUAUGAAUGCUUGCACAUCCAGGAGCAGCCUCUGCUUAGAGUUGAAGAGAACCAAAUGCCUCUUCUAGCUCUACUGUUAAGUUAUUGUGUGUUCCUCUCCCCCAAGCCCACCACUCUGAACCUGUGUUAGGAUGUGAUGACAGAAGCCUAGGAUCCUGUGUCCUUUGCGCCUUACACCUCCAGUUCCCUCCAGUGGGACUCUCCUUCCUAGGCACUGUGGCACUUAAAUGGUGAUCCCAGGCAGCAGUGGUUUUGCUGGUGAAACCUAAGGUAUCUACCCUGUAAGAGAAGCUGGAGAAGAAUGCAGUUCAAUCAGAAGCUAGGUUACAGUGCAGAUCCCACGUGUGGGGCUGGAGUUGAGGGCAGUGACUGAAACGAGCCUCCCAUAGGAGCGGGACUUGUGUGCUGAGCAUGGUCUGUGGGGCUUGAAUGUCCCUCAUGGAGGAGGAAGUGACAGUUGGUUAGUGCUACAUUAACACUCUGUGUAGAUUCUUCAGAUGAAAUGGACAUCUGAAGAAAUGGAUGGUUUCAUUUGCUGGCUGUGUCUGCUGUGAUUGGAAAAGACUUUUGGUCCUCGUUGCCUGAAUGUAAACAAAUUGUCCAGAUCCCUGAUGCCCAGAAGUCUCUUGCAGGCAUGUCCUCAUCAGAGAAGCUGGGUGAAGCCAGAGAGUUCAAAAGAGCACCCAAAAUCAAGGAAGAAAUGGACAGCUACAGCAGCUUCUACUGGGCUCUUGUGAGCCAAGAUGGCAGUACCUUAAAUUAAGGCCUCUCUUUAAAGCAUAUCCCUGAAGCUUCCAGGUUCUCAGCCAUGGGUCUCAGGAAUUGGGAAUGUAACAGUGUCUCCUUGUGUCCAUCCUACUCUCUUCCAGCUUUCCAGCUUUUAAGCUCCCUGAGUCGCUGCUGUCUGGGGACACCUUUUCUUGAAAGAGCAGAGUGCUUGGCUGGAGAGGGGAGGUCUUUCUGCUGUGGGUGAAGCCAUCUGAGAAGGAUAUCCAGCAGCGAUUGAAAUGACAGGAAUCUGAAGAAUGCCUUCUGGGGUGGUUGUGAAGGGCUCAGGCAAAACCAGAGCAUCAUUGGCUGCCAAGGAGGCAAAGGCUGCCUCUGGAGGCUCGGCUAAUGCAGGGGGCUCAGGUCACCUCAAAAAUCCCAAAGAGCAGACAUUUGGACAUGCCUUCCUUUGGGCAUCUUUCUUUUGUGUGUGUGUGUGUGUGUGUGUGUGUGUGUGUGUGUGUGUGUGUGUUUGUGUUCGCACGUACAUGUGUAGUGUGUUUAUGAGUGAGGCCUGUGUUAGGCCUAGUGGUUAGAUGUUCUGUUUUGCCUUUAUUUUUCAAUCUCAUUUGUUCAAACAUUUGAAUCUCCUAUGUUUUCUAGAGCUGCUUAUCUUUUCCCAUCCUCUUGGUCAUUAUAGUAUUUGACAGUUGGGUUUUUCCCCUCCUAUCCAAAGUGUGCCAACCCUGCUCCCCUUAGUGAGGGGUUCUCGCCGUCAGGUAGCAUCUUCCCCCAGUGUUCUUCAGGUGCUCUGCCUAACAGCUAGAAAGGGAAACUGAUUGAUCGGUUUACCCAUGCCACCCAUUCUUUGCAAACUAGCUGGGGAAGUCUCUCCAUUUAUUUUGACUCCAUGGGCCUCUAUAUGCUGAGAUACCACAUGGUUAUGAUUAUGGUAUCAUCGGUUCUCAAACCAGGUAGAGGUCUCCGGAGCCAGUAUGACCCAGCAGGAUAGGUUGCUGCUAGGGAAGGGAGAGUCAUGUUCUGGCUGUUCUCCUUCUGCCUUCAUGGCCCCACUCCUCUCUGAAGAGAGCCUUUCUCUUUGUCCUUUUGUUUGUGUGUGUGUGUGUGUGUUUUCCCUGUGACACUGGCAGUGGCAAUACUUUUUCAUCCAGAGAAAAGCUUGUCAGUGCUCCAAGAAUGAAUUUCCAAGUACUUGCUGGAGGGGAAGGAGCAGGGGCUGCGACAGUGACGUGGUGUUGCACUUUGAGAGGAGUAUCUACUGCAGUAAUAAAUGGAAAGGGUCAGCAGGA